AUGACGACAGCAAGACAGCGAGCGAUAGACUUCUAUCAAAGUCUUGUACCGGGGGAAGCGCUGCCUGGCGAGGCCACCGAGCAGUACAAAGACAUCGAUGAGCUGGUAUACCUACUCUCUCGGGUCCCUACCUUCACGCCACGCCCCAUUCGCAUCAUUGCUGCUGGAGCAGGAUUUAGUGGGAUCUCGAUUGCUCGGGCUGUUCAUGUCGGCAACAUCCCGAACGCGACCAUCACAGUCUACGAGAAGAACAUACGCGAGGGCGGGACGUGGUUUGAGAAUCGAUAUCCGGGGUGUGCCUGCGAUAUUCCGGCGCCGAACUAUCAGUUCUCCUGGGCACCCAAUCCUCACUGGUCGUCGUAUUACGCAACUCAAGGCGAAAUCAGGGACUAUAUUCAUGCGGUGACUGAUCAGCACGGUCUGCGGCCAUACAUCAAGCCGGCACACAAGGUCACUCACGCCCGCUGGAUCGCCGACCGCGAGGUGUGGCAAAUCACAAUCUGCAAAACCGACGGCCGGGACCUCGUCAUCUCCAGUGCAGGCGUUGCCGAGGGCGAGUCCGACACGACCUUUGUCGAGGAGUGCGAGGUCUUUGUCAAUUGCUGCGGAUUCUUCAACAACUGGAGAUGGCCGGACGUCCAGGGCCGAGAGAAAUUCGCCGGCAGGUUGCUUCAUUCCGCCGCUUGGCCAGAGGAUGCGGACAACGAUCUGGACGGUAAGACCGUUGCGCUUAUUGGCAAUGGGAGUAGCGGGGUUCAGAUCCUUCCCGCGAUCAUCAAUAGAGUGAAGAAAGUCUACGUCCAUGUCAAAAGCCGGACGUGGGUCACGGCGGCCAUUGCGCAGCGGUUCGCGGGCCCGAAUGGAUCGAAUCUCUAUUACACCGAAGAGCAAAAGGCAGCGUGGGCGGCAGAUCCGAAAGCACACCUGGAGUAUCGAAGGAUGAUCGAAAGCGAAAUCAACAAUCGAUUCUCGCUUUACAUCGACCACACUCCCUCACAAAAGGCCGCACGGGAGUUCUCGGUGGACGAUAUGACCACCAAGCUCAGGAAUGGUGGCAAAGAGGACCUCUUGUCUGCUUUGCUGCCGGAUUUUGCCGUUGGCUGCCGUCGCCCUACUCCUGGAAAUGGCUAUCUCGAGGCAUCGUGCCACCCCAAUUGCGAGGUAAUAUGGGGCAAAGUCGAAGGCUUGACAGAAGACGGCGUGCAGACGGCAGAUCGGAUGACUUCCAACGUGGACACCAUAAUCUGCGCCACCGGCUUCGAUCUCUCUUGCGCUCCACGGUUUCCCAUUGUAGGAAUGGACGGCAUCAAUCUGCGAGACGAAUGGUUGAGGAACCCGGCAGCCUACCUAUCCGUGACAGCAGCCAAUAUGCCCAACUACUUCACCUUCAUGGGACCCUCGUCCCCACUAGGCCAUGGAAGUCUGGUGACAUCGAUCGAGAUGGUCACCAAGUACGUCUCAGCCUUUAUCCACAAACUGCAGACGCAAAACUACAGCAACUGCGUCCCCAAGUCUCACAUCCCGGCCGCAUACCAGAAACAAGCCCUCGCUUGGCUCGAGCGUACCGUGUGGGCGAGUAACUGCACGUCGACGUAUAAGAAUGGAGACGAAAGAGGGGCGCUGAAUAGCCUCCAUCCUGGUAGUCGCAUUCAUUAUUUUGAGCUCCUGAGCACGCCGAGGUGGGAAGACUUCGAGUGGACGAGUCUUUGCAAGGGUGAUGAUCUGACGUUUGCGUGGAUGGCGACCGGAUUCACGGACAGGGAACGCAAUCCAAAGGAGGACACGAACCUCACGUACGUGACCAACCUCGCUUUACGAAUGUGA